GUUUACGUUUCAAAAAUACAAAGGUUUUACUGAAGGCUAGUGAUCAGAUUUUUUCCAAAAUUUAAGCGAAUAAAAAAUAUUUUGUUCUGUAAAGUUUUGUUAUCUUUUAUUUCCUGACAUGAUUAUUAACCUUUAGAGUCUUUUUUUUUAAUUAGAAUAAUAUUAAAACAAACUCAAAAUAUAGUUUUUGAUGAUAGUGAACCAAUAUCUUUAGUUAGUUUUAUUGAUGAACUUUUUCUGUUUUCAUUGAAAAAAUGUCUUGAAUCCAAAUCCAUCAAUUCAAAAAGAAUGUCAAAAUGUUUACUCAAAAUUAGCAUACAGAUCAUUUAUCAUCACCAUCAUCAUCAUCAUCUGUAUCUGCACUAUAA